GAGUUAUCAACUUCCUCUGCCAUGGCGUAUUUGUGUAUCUAUGGAGUAGUCUUAAACAGUUUAAUGAUGGAAUUUUAUUGUACACAAUUUCAGCCAGAUCUAGAUAGACUAUAGAUCUAAAACUUAAUACUAUUAAUUUACGAAGAAGAAGAAGAUCAUUUAUCUAGAUCUAAAACUAGUCUUAGAAUCUAAUUUAAUCUACACAUAAAAUAUCUGUUUUUAAUGGAUGAAUCGCCCAAUUUUGAUGGGGCUGCACAGGGUCCAAGAGAGCUGGAAGAGGUGUCAAGUACCAGACCUAUUUAUAAAAGUUCUUCUCCUUACAAAAAGAAAAAAACAGAUAAACUCAAUUCAGAGACAGUUGUUUAUUUAGACUUCAGCAAAUUUUGCAGACUUUUUGGUUAUCAUCACACAUCAUUGAGACAUGUUUGGUUUGUGAAGGAUGUUUGUGGCAUAGUCUGUGCUGUAUUCACAUGGCUUCUAAUUCUCUACGCAGAGUUUGUUGUAAUGUUUGUCCUGCUGAUUCAUGAGUCCUCCAAUAUCUACAGCUUGUUCCAUGGCCUUAUAUUUAAUUGCUUCACCAUGCUGGCUGUCGCAUCACACUUAAGAGCUAUGUUUACAGACCCGGGAGCUGUCCCUAAAGGCAAUGCAACAGCAGAGGGAAUCAAAAGUUUAGGUUUAAAGAAAGGUGAAGUUGUAUACAAAUGCCCCAAAUGUAUCAGCAUCAAGCCAGAUAGAGCACAUCAUUGCAGUGUCUGUCAGCGAUGUAUAAGAAAAAUGGACCAUCAUUGUCCCUGGGUGAAUAAUUGUGUAGGAGAGAACAAUCAGAAGUAUUUUGUGUUAUUUACAUUAUACAUUUGUCUCAUUUCCAUUCAUGCACUUUACAUGGCAAUUUCACAUUUUAUCUUCUGUGUUAGCAAAGACUGGAAAGGUUGUUCUGGCAUGUCUCCUCCAGCUACUACCAUCUUCCUAAUAUUUCUCAUAUUUGAAGGAAUGUUAUUUGGUAUUUUUACUGGGAUAAUGUUUGGAACCCAGAUGUCAGCAGUGUGUUCUGAUGAGACUGGUAUUGAACAAUUAAAAAAAGAAGAGCGAGAAGCACGGUCAAGAUGGCUGAGCAUGAAGAGUGUGUUUGGGCAUCCAUUUUCAAUUCACUGGUUUUCUCCCUUUUCCACACCACGUUUUCUUUCAUCAGACAAAAUUUAUUACUCAGUCUAAAUAACUCUGUUCUCUAGUUAAUUCAACAAAAUAUUUUUAAUUUUUUUUUUUUUUGCUGGAUAAUAAAAUAAACAUUUUUGGUGUGCUUAAAUGCAAUUUUAUUGUAAGUUUUAAAUCAUGUACACAUUUAUUGUGCUGUGCCAUUAAGUAACAAAUAAUUGUGUCAGAAAGAGAUGUACACAUUUAUUGUGUUGAGAUAAUAAUGUACAAAAUCUUGAUCUUCAAUCUAAAUUUUGUUUUUUGAUACAAUUUAUACAAUUAAACACAAUUGUGAUAUGAA